AUGCUAACAAAUCUGCCUCCAGAGGUUCUCGAACAUAUUUGUGAAAAGUUAAACGGCAUUGAUUUAAAACGACUAUCGCUGACAUCAAAAUGGCUACACAAAGCUGCUUUCCGGCAACUAUGGCGGUCUAUCACAAUCGAACCAGCACCUGCAAGCGAACGGCAUGUCAUUAAUCACCUUGGUCCGCCACAGUCAUUCACCCAGUCCACCAGGGAACUUCACUUCGAUGCCAUCGAACGAGGCGCAAGGCGUUGCAUCCAUGUCACUGACUGGCUUGGCUCUUUACGUAACUGGAUCGAUAACGAACCGCAGGAAGAAGAUACUUGGCAAAGGAACAGCAAUAGCUUUGGACUGGGGUAUGGUAAGCUUGUUCGUGUGAAGUAUGAAUGUCUCGCGCAACGAGCGAUGGCGAUACUCCAACGAUUGGAUAAUAAUCAGCUUGAGCACUUCAGCUGGAAUUAUACCACCUGCAUACCUUCAGAAGUCCUCGAGUAUCUCAGCCUAAAUCAUCCCUCGAUCCAAGGCCUGAGCUUCACAACAGAUCCCUUCUGUAGCAAAUUCAAUCGCUGGAGCAGGACAUCCGACCUGAACCUUUCCGCGUUCUGUAACCUUCGAAGAUUGAGUUGGAAAGCCCCCAUGGGUUGCCAUUUCGACAACAUUGCCAAGCUGAUUCAGGCUAAUUCAGCACAAAUAGAGGAUCUGGAUAUCGAUCUUCAGAGCUGGUCAAGGGAGUGGGAUAACCGAGAGUCCAUAGCAGUUCACCAUCAAGACAAUCCAGAGGAGUGGGAUAGAACGUCAGCUAUUACGAUGCUGGCGCGUCAAAUAUUUGGUCUCCAAAGUCGACCUCCCGAUUCGUCUGAAAGGCCAUCCUAUCCGCGGUUGCGACACCUGAAGCUUACGAGGCUGCCGUUAAGAGAUGAAAUUACUAAGGAGGUGGUUCCUCCUGCAUCUAUAAGCUUUAAUGCACUUAGGUCGCUAUCGUUGAGGAUGUGUCCCUAUUGGAUGUCAUUUCUAUCUCAAGCUUUUGAGUCUGGGAUUCCACCAAGACUCAGGAAACUAGAGAUUCUAGACUUUCACUUGCACACACCUGAGGAGACUGCAGUUCGCAAAACAGCAGCUGUUGCAAAGUUACUUGAUUCUUUCAAGGGUCUUGAUGAACUUUUUAUUAGCCAUUGCGGACUGACAUCAGCUCUCGAGUUUUUGGAACAUGUUACUGGCCAUGGGGCGACUCUCAAGUGGUUCGUGCACCACCAAAGGACCAGAGAUCAAGACGAGGAGACGUUGAUGUCACGCAUGGGAGACGACAUAGCAGACUUUGGAAUAUCCCAAGUGGAACGUGAUCGUAUCAGGGUACAUCCAUCACAGAACCCUCUGUCGAAACUGAACCUAGAAUCUAUUGGAUUGACAUGUGCGCCUGAAUAUUUGAGAGAUGUUUUGCUCCCCUUCGUAUCGAAAAACUUACUUAAAGUCCUCCAUAUCCGACAAACGGGAGUGAAUAUGGGUUCCAGCCCAUCUUGGGUCUUCAACCAAGCUUUGGAAGCCAGAAUACGGGAAGCAGAAGGACAUGAUACAAAGAAGGUGGAUGUUAUUCUAGGAGAUCAAGAGGAAGGAGAUAUAACAGAUGACCCGGAAUAUAUUGCCACUGCUCUUGGAGAAAGGAAAGAGUGGAAGACGCCACCUUUGCACCAAAGCUUUCGAGAUUUUGCAGCCUGGGUCUUUGGCCAGGAAGGGAUCAAGUCUCUUGAGUAUAUCAUUUCCGGGGACCUUUCUCACGGGAACAGGUAUUGCAAGAACAAUUUUCUGAUAUGCAGGAGUGUAGGGGAAGGGGGAAGGUAUCGUGUUGUAAGCCAGGGAAUUGGUGGACCAGAAUGGUGGGAUGUCAAGAGCAGAUUUGGAAGUGCUUUGGAGGCUUGUCCGGUUGAAAAUAUUGCUCUUGAGUACUAG